AACAUCUACAUUAUCUUUUUAUAUAUCUCAUUCACCGCACGUUCCAAACCAAAUGUAAUCAUCAGUUCCUCAUUUUAUUUACGGCAAGAGCGAUGAGAAUUUAACACGUGCUCGUUGCUUAGUGACAAACUGUCAACAAAACUUGGUGAAUAAGUGGCAAACAUGGCACAGUUUCUGUCUAAGGGGAGGAUGGCAAAUUUUUAAUUGUCAUCGAAUUAUUCUAUACAUAUGUCGCCCAAAAUUUAGAGACCUUUCUUUUAUCCAACAAUUAUUUUUUGCAACGUAGUCAUCAGAUAUUUCCGUCGGAUAAAAAAAUGACAAGAUUUAUAAGGAAGGAGGUUAAUCUAAAAAGCAGCGUUUAUAAUCCAACGGGACAGAACUAUUUCGAACAAUUGGCGGCGUAUAAUGCAAUGAGCUCGCAUCUACAACGGAUUUUAUUAGCAAAAAGUGUAGUUGAUACAAGAAAUAAGAAUUAUUUGAAAAAAAAUCGACGAUGCAAAGUGCAGGAAAUUAAUGAUAGCCGAGUUUGUUUGCGUCUGGAAACGAUAGAUGAUGGGAUUGAUAAAUUGGCCUAUGAUAUUCAACACCAUCCCAUGGAUAUAUUAAGAAUAGAUUUAAAUGUAAAACAUUCGGAUUGUUGUAAUUGCAACUCAGAUCGUCAACCGAGAAUCGGCAAUCGCCGUUUAUAUUACGAGACAAUCAAUCAAAUGGAUUGUCGGCGACGAUUAAUGUCGAAAACUAGAAGAAUAUCACCAAUCAGAGUACGUUUGCCGAAACGUAAAAAAUUUUUAGUACCAAACUUUGUUUGUAAAAGAGAACCAAAAUGUACGCGAAAGAUUUCUCAUAUAAUCAGGCCAUCGACAUGUUUUUCACCACGAAGAACAAUUUAUUCUCACAGUUUAUCAAUUUCUUGCACAAUUUUUGCGUCAUAUCCAAUAAUUAAAUCAAAAUUUCGAUCUCCAAGACAGAAAAUAAAUGAUCAUCGUUUAGUAUCAAGCGUUUCGCAAUGUUACGAUUUUGAUGAGCAAUAUACUAAUUCUCAUCUAUCAAAGCUCACGUCCAAACAAGAGGAGAAAAAAUACAUCAAAUUUGUUUAUGACAUUACUAAAGAGAUAAUGCAGAGAGGCCUUUAUACCGAUAAAGAGCUGCAGGAUGUAUUUGAAAAGCAUAUCGAUCAAUAUAAAGGAAUAUUAAAUACAAAUAAAAUGCUAUAUGAGAUAUAUAAAUUAAAAGACUCUUUGAAUAUAGCGGAUGAAGACACAGAUGAGGAAUUGGAAGAUUUGAUCCAAGCACAAAAAUUAUUGACCAUAUCCGAGAUCAGACCGCCGACACCGCCGAAGAUUCUGGACGAGAAUAAAAUAAUGGAAAAACUAGAAUCCUUUCAGAAAAUGAUGAAGAUAGAGAAAUCUUCGAACGCCAUCAAAAAAUCAGUGACAUUAAUCGAUGCAAAUCCGGAGCUUCUCGUCACGGAGAGAGACGUGUUGAUGUCAUUGGUGGAAAUAGGUUUAGAUCCCAAACAGAUUCAACAAAUCUGCAAAAAUCUGCGUUACAAGAGCAAAGACGUUGAUCUCAUCGAAGCGGCACAAAUAGACGUGGACACUUUAUAUCCCUCGGACUUCGAAAUGAGCAACUUGGAAGAACUAGAAGAACUAGAAGAUAAUGAUAGACAAGUUUCUGCUGUAACUGACAUUGAAAGCGUCCAUGAUGAUUCUGUCGUGGAUGAUUCAGUCAACUCUUCUACGAAACAAGAAGCGAGUUCGUCAACAUCAAAUCUCAUAUCCGUGCAAGACGCGACAGUAGAAACGAAAGAAACGACAGAAUCUGAAAAAACACAUCACGAACUCGAAAUUACAUCUGAACAUGAUGAAACGAAAUCGUAAACAGAGUUAAUAUAUUUCUAUUCUCUUCGUUAAGAAAUGUUCACUUUUAAUACAUUGCUCUCAUAUACAUUUUUAUACAUAUUUA